UACCAAAACAAACGUAAUCCAACCAACCCCUGUGAUGGUUACUGAGCUGGGAGGAACUGUGACUCUCAUUUGCUUUUGUCCGAAAGUGUCGGUGACCAGGUUCCAUUGGUUCAAGCAGAGUUUUGGACAGAAACCCCUCCACAUGACGUCCUCUUUUUAUGGUGGCCAAUAUUAUUCCAACACCUUUAUCAAGGACUUUAAUGAGACCAAACGUUUGGGUGUGAGGAGAGGAGACUACAGCUGUAACUUGACCAUAUCCAAGACAGAGCCAGGGGACUCAGCUACAUACUAUUGUUCCACUACAGUCAUCUAUGAGCUCACAUAUGGAGAGGGAACUGUUUUAAUUGUCAAAGGUUCAGAGUCCAACAGCAUAUCUGUGCUCCAGCAGCCUGUGUCUGAAUCUGUCCAGCCAGGAGACUCUGUGACUCUGAACUGUACAAUACACACUGAGACCUGUUUAGGAAAACACAGUGUCUAUUGGUUCAGACAUGGCUCAGGAGAAUCCCAUCCAGGAAUCAUUUACACCCAUGGAGACAGGAGUGAUCAGUGUGAGAAGAGACCUGCGGCUGGGUCUCCUCCACAGAGCUGUGUCUACAACUUCCCCAAGAGGAACCUCAGCCUCUCUGAUGCUGGGACUUACUACUGUGCUGUGGCCUCAUGUGGGGAGAUACUGUUUGGCAACGGGACCCAGCUGGACAUUGACCAUGGUUGUAAGGAGGACCAUCUUCUGUUCAUGUAUUGCCUUGGCGUAGCGUUGGGUUUGUGUGUCCUCCUCAUCAUUGUCCUUACUUGUGUUUUGUACAAGAGUAGCAAGUGCAUAGGAACGCACCCUCAGCCAAGUGCUCCAACAGUCCCCAGUCAUGAUAACCAGGAUCAAGAGCCUGAUACUCUCCAUUACGCCGCUCUGAACGUCGUCCACAAGAAACCAAAGGCCAGGAGACAGAGGAGCGCCAUGGAGAGAGACACUGUGUACUCUGGUGUGAGACGCCAAAACAUGGACUGA